AUGCGACGCAGCUGUCGGCCGGGCCAGUUCUCUCGUCCCGCGCGCUCCCGCCCCGCAAUCCGCGCAAUCGCGGCUAACAGUUUUAUUUCCCCGAAUAAACUUUAUCAAACAAAGCGUGUGUGCCCCGCGCCCUGCAUCUGCUCGCCCAGCUGUUCCUGUUGCAGCUGGCUGCGCUCUCUCGCUCUAUCGUGGAAGGCAUCAGACGCGUCGAGCGAGACGGCAAGUAGCUAG